CAGCAGACUGACAGGUCAAACGCUGCGCCAUGGGAUCAGGGCCAGCACCGAAGGAGGCCCGUCCACGAUGCAGACGACCAGGAAUUCUUCAAGACCUCUGCAUCGCAGUACCCACGUCAGCAGUACCAGCAACAAUUUAACAACUACAAGACAUUCCAGACCCAGAAACCCCAGGCACAGGGUUUCCAGAAGGCGAACAAGGCCCAGGACUUUGACGAAGGCGCCAGCGAACCGUCCGACGGCAACGGGCAGUUUAACACGUUCAACUACAACAGAAAUCAGUUCAACAACAACCAACAGUUUAGUGCUAAUACAAAUCAAUUUUCAAACCAGUUUAACUACAACGACAACAAUAAUAAUAAUAAUAAUAAUAAUAACAACAGAGGCAGUGCCAAUCCUAGGGGUAGCUCUCAUUUCAGUAGCGACAACCGAAACAUUAACAACAAUAACAACUUUGGAGACACUAGCCGGAAUCAAAAUCAGGUUAGGCAAGGGCGACAGUUCCAAAACGGUUCUAGUCAAAAAUCGCAGCAUCAGGCGGCAGUCAGGCAGGACCAGAAUCAGUCCAACAACUUUAACAACGGCAACAAUAACUAUAACACCAAUUUUAACAACAACAAUUACGGUCAACAACAGCAACCCCAACAACAGCAGCGACAAAACGUGCGCAGUAGGCAGCAGGGUGAAUUGUUCAACAGCCUCGGCACCAGCUUUAACAAUAGGGCACGAAACAACAACGACGAAGGCAACGACAUCCAGCGCGUCGUCAACACCAACAACUUCAACGCCUUCCCAGCGACUGGCGCUGGCAACACCGCCCAGCAAAGGAUACAAUUCAACAACAACUUUCAGCAAUUGCCACAGCGCCAGCCUCAGCCUAUCCAGCAGCAGCACCAGCGUCUGCCCCAGGCUUCCCUGCCGCCGGCCGAUGUGUCCAAGGACCCGCAGAUCCCCAACAACCGUGCAGCUCGUGUGCCCUCGCAGCCGCAGAGCACCGUGAACAUCGACCACACCGUGCAGUCUAUCCUGAACUGGAUCCAGGGCAUGUCCCGAACUCAGGAGCGCCGAGCCCGCCAGCAAGGCGUCGGCCAGCCCUCCCGGCAGUACCUCCCGGCCCCGGAGGGCACCCAGCGGCCCCGACCCUUCCAGCCCCCCAGCAGCCCGACGACGGAACCUGCUCGCCAGCAGGUGACGCCGCCCUCCAGGCAGUACCUGCCCGUGCCCGAGGGGCCGGCUGGACCGUCCACCGAGGCCCCGCGCCCCUUCGAGACGCCUGUUCCCGAGCUGCCCACCACCGGCCCCGCGGAAACACCGGGCCCCGAACCGGGCCCUGCCCCAGGCCCCGGCCCCGCGCCUGAGCCGGCCCCGGGUCCAGCGCCAGCUCCCGGCCCGGAGCCCAUCCCCUUCCCCAUCCCGGAGACCCCUGCGCCUGCCGCUGAGACGCCGGCGCCGCCCGCCCCCACGGAGCCGGCCCCGGCGCCCGGCCCCGCCCCAACUGAAGCGCCGCUGACCGAGGCGCCCCAGACCCCGGCGCCCACCGAGGCACCCACGCCCGCGGCGCCCCAGGAGACAUUCGCGCCCGAAACACCUGCUCCCGAGGUGAUAACGGAGGCCCCCGCCACGCCGGCGCCAGAGUACCCCACCGAGGCACCCACCCCGGCCCCUGUCCCGGAGGCGCCCGUCACCGCCCCCGAGGCCGCGGACACGCCCGCGCCCACCGAGGCGCCCGCCGCCCCCACAUCCGCCCCGGACGUCCCCACCGGCCCGGCGCCGGAGGCACCCGCCCCGGAGGCGCCGACCCCUGAGCAGGACAACGGCCUUCACCCGCCCCACAUCCACGCCAUUGACGUGCAGUGCGCCAAGGACAUGAUGACCAUCACCAUCGAGUUCGACAAGCCGUACGACGGCAUCAUCUACUCCAAGGGAUACUUCAAGGACCCCAACUGCCGAUACGUGCAGCCCAACUCGAACCAGAUCAAGUACACCUUCACCGUCAUGCUCAACUCGUGCGGCACGCAGUUCGUGGACGACUUCCAGGGCGCGGGCCAGGCGUACCUCGAGAACGUGAUCGUGCUGCAGAACGAGGAGGGCAUCCAGGAGGUUUGGGACUCCAUCCGGAGCGUGCGGUGCUUGUGGGAGGGCAACCUCAAGCAGGCCCUCACCGUGGCGCUCAGCGUGGGCAACCUCAACCAGGAGAUCGUCACCUUCGGCGGCGACACGGGCAUGGCCAAGCUCGACAUUCAGGUGGGCCGCGGACCCUUCGCCCCGACCGCCAACGGACUGGUCAAGAUCGGCGAGGUGAUGACGCUCGUCGUGUCGGUCGAGGGCGACCCCGGCUUCGACGUGCAGGUGCGCGCCUGCGUCGCCCGGGACGCGGACUCCUCCAACGUGGUGCAGCUCACGGACGACAACGGCUGCGUCCUCAAGCCCAAGCUCAUCGGCGCCUUCCAGAAGACCAAGGACACGGGCAACACGGGCGCCUCCAUCAUCGCGUACGCCUUCUUCCAGGCCUUCAAGUUCCCCGACGUCAUGGACCUCAUCAUCGAGUGCAGCGUGGACCUGUGCAAGACGGACUGCGAGAUGUGCCCCAACCCUAACCAGAAACUGGAGCCAGGCGCGAGGCGGCGGCGGCGCGACACGUCCGGCAACGCGACGCAGCUGGAGGGCGAGGGCAUGAUCGGCGACGACCUGGGCGUCCUCAUGGGCCGGAGGCUGAGGGUGUUCACCCCAGACGAGCUCCCCGUCGACGUCCUGCUGGAGGGCAACGCCACCGAGCUGGCGCUGCAGCAGCAGGAGACUUACGGUGACAACGUCAUCCUCAUGUCCGAGGACUCAAGGCGGGCGGACGGCGUGUGCAUGUCCCUGCCCUCGUUCGCGGCGUCCUCGGCCAUCAUGCUGUCCCUGCUCACGGCCUCGUGCCUGCUGAGCGCCACCCUCUGGCUCAAGCUGCAGCGGACCAACUUCAGCAAGCGGCCGGUCCACCAGUGAUGGGGCCUCGGCCGCCGCCGGGCCGCGGCCACCCCACGGCCUCGGCCCACACCUCGACUGAUUAGACGAGCUCAAGGCGCGGCUUCCCGUCUCUGUCCUUAGCAUUGUGCCAGCGGGGAAAGAGAAAGAAAAAGUGAUAUAAGUAGCAGAGAUCGAUGGAAAAGGCCAUCUCUUUCUUUUCUCCAGUUACACUGUGUUGUGUCACAAGCACGUGUGUAAGUCAAUUUGAAGUUACCGUUCUGAAUCGGAUGUUACCACUUGUUGCCAAGACUCUUUCCCGACCGGUUGGAAGCCCCUGUUUCUUCUCUCUACCAUUUUUCUUGUAAUAUAGUUACCUGAUAGUUACCCUCGGAGUCAAAAUCGAGGAUGCAGCGAUUGUCUCCCCUUCUGUAAUCUUUUCUUUUUCUGUUUUGUUGUGUUAUCCGUGUUGUCUUAAUUUAUUUUGUUAUUUUGUCGCGUAUUCUGAGGAAAGUUGUUGUUUUUUUGUGCUCCGUGCAGGGCAUUGCCAUUUUAACAAAAGACCUAAAAUACUGUGCCCAACCCUAUUUGUGUAAGAAAGGUGAAGUUUACGGGUCAUCCAAAAAUCCUCCCGUCUUAUUUGAACCAUACCACUUGAUAAUUUACGGGUAGUACUGACGUCACCAAUUAAACACAUUUCCGUGAUAAGGCAGAGAAUGUUUGAUGUAAUACGGCAAAAUUGUAUUCCCGCAACUCUGGGUUUACAGGUUCUUUUUUCGCAGGCAGACCCAAUAUUUCACCAGUUGUAAAUACCAGAUUUGAAACGGGCUAAGUUGACUCUGAAGAUAAACUGUGGCAGCGGCAUCCUGAGUGUAAUAGGUUUUGUCUCUUUUCCUAUCAGACAGAUCGCUGUAGUCGUUCUAAUCUAAACUAAGCCUCAAAGGUCACAUGAAAUUUAAAAGUUGUAAGCGCUGUGUAUUCGUGAGUGCAUUGAUACAACUCUGCACAAUGACUUUUCUGAGUACAAUCGAAGGGCUUGAUAGUUAGAGUGUACAUAUGUGUGUUAGCGAUGUCUAGAUGUAAUAAACUCAAUUUUGUACAAUAUGUAA